AUGGGUUGUUCUUUAAGAAAAUCGUAUAAUCCUAACCUUGAAAACAAACGACACUCUAUUAUUACUCAUACAUGUAACUGAGUAUUCUAAAUAAAUUAGUAACACCAGAUAAAAAACCAAGUCUAGAUGUUUUUAAUCCAAUAUUAGGAAAAGUGGUAUCAGUACCAAUUCUAGUACCUGCUUCUAAAAGUAGUAUAGUGAUGAGAAGAAGUACAUAAUUGACUAUAGGAUAAUGA